CAAAACUAACCAUUCCUUUAGCAGUUAACAAACAAUAUCGUUUUAAUAUUAAUUUAUUGUAUUUAUUUAAACAAAAGAGUAUGAAAUCUUAGCACUACUUUCUCUCACUCGUGCGCGCCCCGAGGAUUUGGGGAUGUUAAUGGCAACUUCGCUAAUUCCCGCGAUCCCUUCUUCGCCUUCUCGUCGCUUCUCGAUUCUAACGACGCCUAACGCUAAAUUCCUUAAAGUUCCCGCACUUUGUUGCUUCAGGAAGAAGGGUGAAAUCAAUGGCUUAUCUAGAACCCCUUCACCAAUGGACUCUGGAGGUCAAAACGAUGGGGAAAUGUCACUGGAACAUUCUUCCAAUGUUGAACUGGAAAUGAAAAAUAAAGAGAUAUGGCGACUAUUCAAGGAAGCUCAGCAGAAUAUUUUGUAUUUGAAUAAACAACGACUCAAGGCUGUCGAGGAGCUGAAUAAAGCAAAUAGGGAGAAACAGUUAUUGGUAGAUAAGAUAGAGCAACUGGAGAAAGAAAACAGACGGGCUGGUGGGAAAGAUAAUCUAGCACUGUGCUGGGCAUUGUUGCUUCGGAUAGACGCAAUGGUCCUUGGUGGAAUGAUUAGCCCCGCAGAGGCAACUGAUUUGAGAAGGAUGGUCAUGGAUAGCAAAGUUAGUGUAGCAAAUGUAUUCUCAGACAUGCCGCAGAAAAGAGAUGCUGAACUUCUUGCAGAACUCCGCCACUUCUCUGAAGGAAGCAAAAAGAAAGGUUUUCACAUCAUUCACAUAUGUACUGAAAUGGAACCAUUGGUUUCAAUUGGGCCCUUGGCACCGUACAUAACUGGCUUAUCUUGUGCACUGCAAAGAAAGGGCCAUUUGGUGGAAGUUAUUUUGCCAAAGUAUGCCAGCCUUGACCUGGAUGAGGUUCAGGGGUUGCGAGAAAUUGAGGCAGAGUCUUUUUCAUAUUUUAAUGGCCAACUGCAUGGAAAUAGAAUCUGGACUGGGGUUGUCUAUGGCAUUGGAGUUACUUUUAUUCAACCUUUAUAUUUCUCAUCUUUUUUCAACCGAGACAGGAUAUAUGACUAUCCUGAUGACUUUGAACGAUUUACCUAUUUCUCUCGUGCUUCAUUGGAUUAUAUAGCAAAAUCUGGAAAGCAACCUGAUGUGUUGCACUUACAUAAUUGGGAGACUGCUAUUGUUGGACCUCUUUUCUGGGAUAUUUUUGCUAAACAGUCUCCCUGCCUGAGUCAUAUGGCUUCCUUUCACCAGAUGCAACUUGCUGGAAUAUACACUCAAGUGAAAAGUGCACCAAAGAUACAGGGGCUGGGAAAUACAAGAAUAUUAUUGACAUGCCAUGGCCUUGACUCACAGUGUCUCGAGGAACCUGAUAAGCUAGCACUAUGUGGACUUGAUCCUGGUAGACUUCAUCGCCCUGACCGUUUGCAAGAUACUGCUAAGACACAUCUUGUGAACAUUUUGAAGGGUGGGGUAGUUUAUUCUAACAAAGUUGUAGUUAUGUCAUCCAUGCACUCUAAAGGAAGGAUCAUUUGCAGUAGUCAUGGAUUGGAACCUACCUUAGCCCUUCACAAGGAAAAAUUGCUUGUUGCUCCUUGCGGAUUUGAUAACUCUACCUGGGAUCCAUCCAAGGAUAAUUUUCUUCCAGUAAAUUAUAGUGCAGAGAACAUGAGGGGAAAAGAUGCAUGCAAAGUUGCAUUACAGCAGCAGGCAGGCUUAUCUGAACAUGCUUCUUUUAUUCUGGCUGGAUUCAUCUUCUCUGAAGUAUCAGAUUUUGAAUUGGAGAAAAUGAAGGAAGUUGUCUGGAAUGCUACCAAAGUGGGUGCCCAGUUUGUCUUCAUGGGGAAUGGUGCAGUGCCAACUAUAAAUAGAGCACUCAGAUCUUUUCAGGAAGAACUGGAGGAUGGAAAUGUGAAAUUCUUUUACCGCUACAAUGAAGUACUAUCACAUUUGAUGUUUGCAGGAUCUGACAUUAUAUUGUGUCAGUCCUUUGACGAUCCUCUGCUUCAAGUUCCACUCAAGGCUUUAAAAUAUGGGGCUGCUCCAGUUUCACUAACCUCCAGCGAUAAGAACUUUAGAUAUUCUGCAGAUCAUGACCAUGAGAUCACCAGAUUGUCACAGUUCAUGAGAUCUACCUUUGGAAAUAUGACCCUUAGCCAGGCCCUUGAUGAAAUUAAUAAUAACCCAUCUACAUGGAAAAGAAAGAUAUCGGACGCCAUGAUGAAGGACUUCUCAUGGGGUGCAGAAUGCUAUGACAUUCAUGUCUCAGCAUACACCGCGGUCAAAAGUCUGUGAAGCAGCUGUGAAUGGGAAUGUACAUAAUAAUUAUACGUGUAUCCAUGUCUCCAUGCACGGAAGCCAAGCUUAUUGAAACGUGGAAUAAAUGAUGUUGCCAUCCAUGAAGGUAGGUAUCAUCUUAAAUUAAAUAAAUACUAGUUUUUGGGAGGAAAGUUGGGUAAUAAGUGGCUUCAAUCUUCGUUUGUAAAGUUUCUGUCCAGUCCUAGUCGCCGUUUCCACGCCCACUUGAGUGGCAGUUAUUGUAAUUUGGAUGUAUAUAUUUUACACAUUAAAGAGGGUUGCCAGCCUGGCUGUAAGUAGUGACCUGAUAAAUCAACUUUGGGGGAUUGUGGAAGUUUUCCUCAAAAUUUUCAAAUAAACUUCAUAUUUUUUGUUGCUUACUUUAUAAGAAAUCCCCGAUUUUUUUGUAC